AAUUACUAUGCGGAUUUCACCACACUUGAAGUCCAAAAAAAAGCUAUUAAGCAUAUGGGUCAUCAUGCAACAAUUGAACCAGAGGUAGGUUUCAUCCCUGAGUUUUGAUGCAGAGCCAAUGCAGUCCUAGAUCACCUGUGGCAUAAUGCUAGCUUAGAAUCUUUUAUUUUUCUUAUUUUUCUGAAUUGUCAUGCUCUCUUUCUGAACUUUUUUCCAAGGCAAAGCCACAUUGCUCCUCCUCAAAACAUACUAUAAAUAUGGGCAAGUUCUCUCCCAAAGUGUUCAUCGAAAAGCCCCCCUAAAGAGAGAGAUCACACCCAACAGCAUCAGAAGAAGAUUUAUGGCGAAGAUGUCGUCAAACCCUCUUGUUGUGGGAAGAGUCAUUGGCGAUGUGAUCGACUCUUUCUCUCCGAGCGUCAAAAUGACAGUCGCUUACUGCUCCAACAAGCAGGUCUUCAAUGGCCACGAACUCUUCCCUUCUUGGGUCACCACCAAGCCCAAAGUUGAGGUUCAUGGUGGUGACAUGAGGUCCUUUUUCACUCUGGUGAUGACAGACCCUGAUGUUCCUGGACCUAGCGAUCCAUAUCUGAGAGAGCACUUGCACUGGAUUGUGACGGACAUCCCCGGCACUACAGAUGCCACAUUUGGGAAGGAAGCAAUGGGCUACGAAAUGCCGAGGCCGAACAUAGGGAUCCACAGGUUCGUGUUCCUCCUUUUCAAGCAGAAGCGCAGGGAAACAGUGAGGCCUCCUUCCUCGAGAGAACGCUUCAACACCCGGAAGUUCGCCGACGAGAACGAGCUCGGCCUUCCAGUCGCCGCCGUCUUCUUCAACGCCCAGCGGGAAACGGCGGCGAGGAGGCGCUGA